AUGUUCCGCUCAUCCCGUCUUCGAGUCCACACGUGCAAGAUCGUGCUGGUGACGUCCCUGGUGUGGUUCGUGCUGGACGUGGGGGUCAUCAUGUACUACAGCGACUGCCCGACGGGCAACGGCUGGGGCUGCAGCAGGAGCGAGGCCGGCGGCGGCUCGGCGCGGGAAGGCCGGGCCGACCACCACAAGGGCCGCGCCAUCAGGAACCACCAGAGUGAACACGAGGACCUGGAUCUAUCGGGCUGGCAUCUGGACUACCCGCCUGGGCAGUUGAAGCGCUGGGAGCCGCGCCCCACCGUGCAGGAACACCCAGGGCAGCCGGGUGAGAUGGGCAAGCCGGUGAGGACCGCGCCGGGGCAGGAGGCGCUCAUGAAGGAGAAGUUUAAGCUCAACCAGUUCAACCUCCUCGCGUCCGACUCGAUCAGUCUCAACCGCUCCCUUCCCGACGUGCGCCUCGAGGGGUGCAAGACCAAGAGGUACCCGCCCCUCAUGCCCACCACCUCCAUCGUGAUCGUCUUCCACAACGAGGCGUGGUCCACCCUCCUGCGUACCGUCUGGUCCAUCAUCCAGCGAUCCCCGCGGGCCCUGCUGCAGGAGAUCUUGCUCGUCGACGACGCUUCUGAACGAGAUUACCUCGGCGAGGAGCUGGAGCAGCACGUGAAGACCCUGCCGGUGCCCGUUCGCGUGCUCAGGACGGGCGAGCGCUCAGGGCUGAUCCGCGCCCGCCUGCUGGGGGCGCGGGAGGUGACUGGGCAAGUGAUCACCUUCCUGGACGCCCACGUGGAGUGCACGGAGGGUUGGCUGGAGCCCCUGCUGGCACGCAUCGCCGAGGACAGGGCCCGCGUCGUGUGCCCCAUCAUCGACGUCAUCUCUGACGAGACCUUCGAGUACGUCACGGCCUCCGACAUGACCUGGGGCGGCUUCAACUGGAAACUCAACUUCAGAUGGUACCGGGUUCCUCAGCGUGAGAUGGAGAGGCGCGGGGGAGACAGGACCCAGCCUCUCAGGACGCCCACCAUGGCAGGCGGCCUCUUCGCCAUUGACAAGGAGUAUUUUGAGAAGAUUGGUCGCUAUGAUGAAGGGAUGGACAUAUGGGGAGGAGAGAACCUAGAAAUGUCCUUCAGGAUCUGGCAGUGUGGAGGCACGCUAGAGAUCAUCCCCUGCUCCCACGUGGGCCAUGUGUUCCGUGACAAGUCCCCGUACUCAUUCCCGGGGGGCGUGGUCAACGUGGUCAUGAAGAACUCUGCCCGUGUGGCUGAGGUCUGGAUGGACGAGUGGAGAGACUUUUUCUUUGAAAUGAACCCAGGUGCGCGGAGUGUUGACUAUGGAGACGUGAGUGGCCGAAGGAAACUCAGGAAGGACCUAAAUUGCAAGAGUUUCCGAUGGUUCCUGGAGAACAUCUACCCAGAGUCCCAGAUGCCUCUUGAUUACUUCUAUUUGGGAGAGAUCCGCAACGCAGAGACACAGAGCUGCCUCGACACACUCGGCCGCAAGAGUGGGGAGAACCUGGGCACUAGCUACUGCCAUGGUCUGGGAGGCAAUCAGGUAUUUGCUUACACUAAAAGGCAGCAGAUCAUGUCUGAUGAUAAUUGCCUGGAUGCGUCCAAUCCCAGUGGACCAGUGAAGCUUGUGCGGUGCCACGGGAUGGGCGGCAACCAAAUGUGGACUUACAAUCAACAGGAUGGGUCAGUAAAGCACGUCAACUCUGGGCGGUGUCUACAGAAGCCAGAUGCCCGGGAUGUGACCCUCCCGGUGCUCAAGCCCUGCGACGGCACCGCAGCACAGCAGUGGGUCAUGAAUGGCUCCUUCAAGUGGCAGGCGAAUUAA